AAAGAACAUAAAUAUGUUCAAUACGGACUACAUGUGGUGGAUUGUGCACGAGCGUUAGGGUGGAAUGAUCUUAUUCAAAAAGAUGUUUAUAAUCAUAUGAUGGAAUAUCAAGCCAAACACGACAUACAUAAAAACAUGAAUGAUAUUGUAAAAGUUCUAAGCAGAGAAAUCUGGAAUUUAAAUUUAAAACCAAACGAUCUAAUACUUUCAGGGAUCCUAGAUACUGAAGAAAUAAGAGAAAGAAAUCCUGGAUUUUUGCAGAUGUUGCAGGAUGCAAAUAUGCUAAAUAGUUUUGAAGAAAUAAUUCCACGAUUAUCGUUGCCAGGAAAAUUAUCAA